AUGUUAUUUUCCUCAUUUCUUCAUCUCUCUUCUUUCCUUUUUCUCGCUCUUUUAUUACUGCCUUCUUCAUUUCCUUCUAUUGUUGUUGCUGUUUUUAUUUCUAUCUUUUUCAUUUCCCCAGGAUUAAUCAUCAUCAUCAUCAUCAUCAUCAUCAUCAUCAUCAUCAUCUUCUUCUUCUUCUUCGUUUCCUUUUUAUUCUAUCUAUAUUCUUUUCCACCCUCCUCCUUACCUUUUCCCCAUAUCUCUUUUACUACUACUACUACUACUACUACUACUACUACUACUACUACUAUCUUCUUCUUCUUUUUAUUCUAUCAAUAUUUUUCUCCACCCUCCUUCUUACCUUUUCCCCAUAUCUCUUUUACUACUACUACUACUACUACUAUCUUCUUCUUCUUCUCUCAUGCUUUCCUCCACCUGCUUCCUUCAUCCGCCGCCUCCCCUUUAAUGCGUCUAUUUAAUCCGUUCCAACCCGCCAAUCCCCUGUACUUUCCCUCUCUUCCUAGGCACAAUGAUUCGCUUUCCCAUUUCUGA